AAUUAACAACACUGUUUUUCAAAUAAAACAAAAAAGACAUUUGCGAAAAUUUCUUUAUUCAACGUCUGUCAAGUCUCGUUCUCUCCGGCAAAAACAACCAUGGCGACAGGAACACUUUAUACCUACCCUGAAAAUUUCCGUGCAUAUAAAGCACUAAUAGCCGCUCAAUACUCAGGAGCCCAGGUUAAAGUAGCUGAGAAUUUCGUAUUUGGGGAAACUAAUAAGACUUCAGACUUUCUUAAGAAAUUUCCAAGCGGCAAAGUUCCAGCUUUCGAAACUGCAAACGGCAAUUACCUUUCCGAAUCAAAUGCAAUUGCUUUCUUCUUAGCUAAUGAACAAUUGCGUGGUGGGAACUGUCCUUUUGCACAAGCUAAAGUUCAGCAAUGGCUUUCGUAUGCAGAUAAUGAAAUUGUUCCAGCCUCAUGUUCAUGGGUUUUCCCGUUGUUGGGAAUUAUGCCGCAACAGAAGAACAGUACCGCAAAACAAGACGUAACUGCUGUACUUGAUCUGUUAAAUAAUAAAUUGGUUGAGUCAACAUAUUUGGUUGGAGAACGUAUCACUUUAGCUGAUAUAGUAGUUUUUACAUCUCUCUUACACGUUUACCAAUAUGUUCUUGAACCGAGUGUAAGGAGUGGAUUUGGCAACGUGAAUCGUUGGUUUAUUACAAUACUUAAUCAACCACAAGUUAAGCAGGUUAUUAAGAAUUAUGUAUUAUGUGAGAAAGCUAUUGUGUUUGAUCCAAAAAAAUAUGCUGAAUUCCAAGCUAAGACUAGUGGCAAACCACAAGUGAACAAACAGGAAAAAACUGAAAAACCUGUUCCUAAAAAAACAGAAAAAGUUAAGGCAGCACCUGUUGAAGAAAUGGAUAUUGCAGAUGAAGCUCUUGCGGCCGAACCAAAAUCCAAGGAUCCCUUUGAUGCGAUGCCCAAAGGCACAUUCAAUUUUGAUGAAUUUAAACGGUGUUAUUCUAAUGAAGAUGAAUCUGUUUCCGUUCCAUUCUUCUGGGAAAAGUUCGAUCCAGAAAAUUACUCAAUUUGGUUCGGUGAAUAUAAAUAUAAUGAUGAACUCACUAAAACUUUUAUGUCUUGCAAUCUUAUAACUGGAAUGUUCCAACGUCUUGAUAAAAUGCGCAAACAAGCAUUCGCAUCCGUUUGCUUAUUUGGUGAUGACAAUAACAGUACUAUUUCUGGAGUGUGGGUAUGGCGCGGACACGAUUUAGCAUUUACACUUUCUUCUGAUUGGCAAAUUGAUUAUGAUUGUUAUUCAUGGAAAAAACUUGAUGCCAAAUCUGAGGAAACAAAGAAUUUGGUGACACAAUAUUUUUCUUGGACCGGCGCUGAUAAAGGUGGUCGCAAAUUCAACCAAGGCAAAAUCUUCAAAUAAAUAGAUCUAUUUCAUAUAAAUGGCAAUAACAAGUGUCUUUGCAAUCCAAACCCAUACAUUCAAGUUAAUAUGCCUUUUUGUACGAACAGUUCCAUUAAAAAUUGAACUUCUAUUUAUUUUAUAUUAUAUUUGGGAACAUUGCCAGCAAUGUAAUUUGCUCAGCGUUUUUUUUUUUUUCAUAAAAUAAAAACCAUUAAAAAAACAGCAGA